AUGACUCUUGGACAGAGCGACUCGAAGCUGGUGCCCAAGCAGCACAUCAAGCCCGACAUCUUCAAGUCCGACGCCGAGAAAGGCAAGGAGAAAGUCCAGCAAGACAUCAGGCAUGUCACGGGCAACACCCACGGCCACGGGCACGACGCAUUCCGCCAAGACACGAGUGGCGUGACGAACGCCCUCAAGCCUAGUGGGAAGCAGAGUUUGGGCGAUCAGGCCGAGCAGCUGGUCGACAGGGCCCAGGCUGGAGCCCAGCUGAACGACACCAAGUCUGUCACUCAACAAACGCGGGAUUAUGUAACCCCUGGUAACGACUCGGCCGGGGCCGGGGGUAUCUUGAACCAGGUCAAGCACAAGAUUACUGGUAAUGAGCAUAAGGGGACUCAUUGA